UUUAUGACGUCAUAUCCGUAAAAGAAGAAGCAUGGCCGCAGUGAGAGACCGCAUUCAACAACUUGAUCAAAUAGAACAAGAUAUUGCUUCUGCAUUGAACAGUGCAGGUCAGGCAGUACAAGAGUUAUCAAGGGACAAAACAACACUGAGAAAUGUGGAGAGUCACGCUAGUGCCUUCCUGAAGACGCUGCAAGGUGUGGAGAAUGGACUGUCCAAGCAGAUUGAUUAUCUGUCACAGGUCUCUACAGGUCAGCCACACGAAGGCUCAUGUUACGGUGCACAUAAGGACUAUCAAAUGUCUCAGCACAGAGUAGAACAUGUGAGGACUAGAUUAUCAGAUAUGGACAGAGUAAAGACUGAACUCGCGCUGAGACAACAUGCACUACGAAGUGGAUGGAUACAACAGCAACAACAACAGCAGCAACAACAACAACAACAGCAGCAACAACAGUACCAUCAGCAACAUUGAGACAUAAACUUCACUUCAUUUUUUUUUCACCAUUAGUUGUCCAUGUGUUGCUGAUAACUGGCUUACAUAAGUACAGGUGAAGCAACAGGGAUUUCAAUACAGAAUGACGACUCUGGUAUCUCAGUACUAAUGGUAUCAUAGAAAUUAGGAUGCUGUUAGAAGAAAUGCAAAAGUGAUAUUCUGUAUUUUCAUUGAUAGCAUUUGACAUAUUUGUGGUGCUGACAGUGAACAGUACAUGUAAUAGCAGUAUUUUCAUAAGAAUCCUCAUUUGUUGCAAUGCCAUAAGAUAAUCAUUUGAAAAUCACAGUCAGUAAUGGCAGAAAUGCCAGUUUCAUCAUGUUUUUACUGGUGUUUGUGUUGACUUAAAAUGAAGGAGCAUACAUAUUUCCUUUAACAGCAAAAUGUUCAUGUCUCUUUCAUGAGGGAGGAUUAACCACUGACAUUUUUCAUGGCCAUUUUAAGAAGUAGGAGAUAUUUCUGUGAAAGUUCAAGGAAAAAAAUGUUUUU